AUGACAGGCUCACUGUUCAAGGGGAACUUCUGGACUUCAGACAUCCUCAGCACCAUUGGCUAUGACAGCAUCAUCCAGCAUCUGAACAAUGGCCGCAAGAACUGCAAAGAGUUUGAAGACUUUUUAAAAGAAAGGGCAUCAAUUGAAGAGAGAUAUGGCAAAGAUCUGCUCAGCCUCGCUAGGAAGAAGCCAUGUGGACAGUCUGAGACCAACACCCUGAAGCGAGCCCUUGAAGUCUUCAAGCAGCAAGUAGACAAUGUGGCACAAAAUCACAUUCACCUCGCACAGACUCUAAGAGAAGAAGCCAGGAAGAUGGAAGAAUUCAGGGAAAAGCAGAAGUUACAACGAAAAAAGACGGAGCUUAUAAUGGAUGCUGCCCAUAAACAAAAGAGCUUACAAUUCAAGAAAACCAUGGAUGCAAAGAAGAAUUACGAGCAGAAGUGCCGAGACAAAGAUGAAGCAGAGCAGGCUGUCCACCGCAGUGCCAACAUGGCAAACCCGAAGCAACAAGAAAAGCUUUUUGUGAAACUAGCAACUUCAAAGACUGCAGUAGAAGACUCGGACAAGGCGUACAUGCAGCACAUCAACACGCUGGACAGGGUCCGGAGCGAGUGGCAGAGCGAGCACAUCAAGGCCUGCGAGGUGUUUGAGACUCAAGAGUGUGAACGAAUAAACUUCUUUCGAAAUGCACUGUGGUUACAUGUGAAUCAGCUCUCACAACAAUGUGUCACAAGCGAUGAGAUGUAUGAAGAAGUCCGUAAGAGUUUAGAGAUGUGCAGCAUCGAGAAGGACAUUGAGUACUUUGUGAAUCAACGCAGAACUGGACAGACUCCACCAGCCCCCAUCAUGUACGAGAAUUUCUACUGCCCCCAGAAGAAUGCAGCCCCUCCAGGAAAGGCUACAGGGUCUAACUCGGCACGGAGAGGACCUCUCCCAAAUCCUAAAAGUUUACCAGAUGAUCCUGAUUACUGUUUACUUGAUAAUAACUACAGUUUGGUCUAUCAGUAA